UGAGGACCGGGGUAUCGAUCCACGCGGUAUCGUGUCGCCGUGCACGUGCGUGUUGAGUAUUGAUGUGCUCACCCGGGCCGUGCGUCGUUCACUGUCUACCGGUGCCACAGACCAGUGUCACAGUGGAUUCAUCCACGUCUAGCUCACGGAUACGUGGAUAACAUCGACCCAGUUGUUUUUAUUCUGUGGAUAUUUUUUUCUUAAUAUUCGUACUGUGUUUACAAUAAGGAUGUAGAUUUUUAAAUAUGUAAAUCUAAAGGGUAGAAACUAGACCAUCAGUGACCAAGGACGCAUUAAGCCUGGAUAACGUAGUGACGUCACCCGCCGCCCAACUCAAAGGUCAAGGUCACGCCAAGAAAAUAGGACCAGACGACGUGCCCUCGACCAGCCUGGAUUCGAACCUGCACGACUUGAGCGACAACGAUGAGGAGGACAGCGAGACCGAGAGUGCCAUCGCCUCUCACUCAGUCAUGACAUUGUUAACACCGGAAGAAAAUCAAGGUGGUGGAGAUGAUAGCUCAACCAUAGCGGCCGCAGACGUUGAUUCAGACGACGACUUGACCUCCUCACUGCUGCUAGACAGCAUCGGUUCUAACCUUGACACGGAUGACCUCUCACCUGGCCUGAUCCAAAUUAGGAACCCCGUACCCUGUCUCAAACCAGUUCUAGACUGCCAGGAUAUUCUCUCAGGUUUGGAGAGGGAGAAACAGUCUCCCAGUCGCUUCUCCGUAGACGUGGAGUGCGAGUCCGUCGUGUCGGACUACUCGGAGGUCGGCGGGCCACUACGGGACUUUGAGCGUGAUGUGACGUACAUGGAUAAGGACUCACUUAGGGCUGAGGACAGUUCGUCGUUUUUGGCGCUGAGUUCUUCUUUCUGGGAGCCGGAAGAGUUGGAGAGGAGGGAGGGAGAAUCAGAGGAGGACUUUGAGAGGAGGGUGAGGAAGGUGAAUUUGUUGAGUUUAGCUCAGGAGUUUGCGGAGUUGAAGAAAUUAGACGCUCAGGCGUGCGCUAUUAACUUUCACAGGAAUCAGAGCACUAGAAGUUUCGGACACGGGGGAAGUCCGUUAAGCUCCCGGGGUCAGUCUUUGGAGAGGACGAACCGACGAACAGCCUCCAAAAGCCCAUUGCGUAGCCUGGGCCGGGGGUCGUCUAAAGACACACACCGUGCUUGCCCCAUUAUGAUCGAGACCGACGACAACAAACCAAAACACCAAAACACCAGCAACAAAACCAGCAGAGACAUGGUCGUGCCGAAAUCUGAAGACCUUCCGGUCAACGAAGCCCGGCGGAGGGAUUCGAACUCCGACCUUCCGGCUAACAUGAGACCGGAUCGUUGCGCCAACUCACCCGGCUUGGCCGGACAUGCUCGGAAGUCUAACCCCGGAUCACGUGACGGGUCAGCCAGCAGGUCCGCGGCUGCACGGAACCAGUCCUCGCAGGGUAGUUCGGACGUGGAGGGGGACUUUGAUGUGUACAACAUCGAGACGGCUCUGCCCAACGUCAACUGGGAGAUCCUAGAGAAGCAGCUUCAGGCGGCCGCAGAGGAGGAGAGCAAGAGGCUGGAGUCUUGUAAGAAUGAAAGAGAAGAGAUCAGGAAACGCCUGGCGAUGUCGGCGGAUGAGGAGUUUGGAUUCGGGACGGAUGACGACAGCGUGGGGGCGUCGGAGACGUUGUCCCCCCGGAAACAGAGGCUGCAGGCUCGCCUUCAAGGUGCGCCGAACGGGAUGCAGAUCUGUUUCAUGAACGAUGACGUCCUAGAUGAUGAUGAAGACGACGAGGCCAACGACGCAGGUGACGUCCAGACGUCAGCAGAUGAAGGGGAGGCUAAUCAGACGGAGUCAGCCAUCCCACCACCCAACCACCCAUGUUUUCCCGGAGAGAUUCAGGAGUUCACAAACAGACAGACCCAGCUGCAAUCAGAAGCCACGCUCGCCCUGGCACAGGCAUCGACGAUGGCCCGGAUGCAACUUGAAGUUGAAAAACAGGGCAAGAAAAAAUCUCCAGUAGCAGAUAUGGUUGGAAUUCCCACACUUGGACAAGGCCGAAGAUUGCGGCUAAACAGAGGCAAACUUCAAGAAAUGAACAUAGCUCAACUACAAGUUCUAGUCAAUGAUCUCCAUUCCCAAAUUGAAUUGCUUAAUGAAGAUUUAGUUCAUUUGUUGAUAGAGAGAGAUGACCUACACAUGGAACAAGAUUCAAUGCUAGUGGACAUCGAGGACUUGACCAGCCACUGUCAUGAUCCUAAAGCCACCAACAACAAUAAGUCAACUCAAAAUAACAACAGACCAGCCAAUCGAAGAGAUCGACAUAAAUGAUAAAUACAGUUCUAGCCAAUCAGAGUGGGUAAAGAAUACAGCUGCAGCUGAACUGUUUUUACCAGUUUAUUUCAAGAGCAGUGAAGAUUAUGUUUUUAUCAAAACAUAAAAUAAAGAGACAAUACUGUACAUACAUUUUUAUUUGAAAACUCAAUUUCUACUCUUUUCAGUAAUGCAUUUGAAUUUUUCUUGUACUUUAUAAAAUAUGUUUAUAUCAAAUGGUAUUUAGUGUACAUUUACUGUAUGUGUUAUUAUUUGAUAUGUAUUAAAUGUACAUAAAUAUGAGUAAUCAAUUAAUUGAAUUUCAUAUUAUUUAUUUGCCAGGUUAGACUGGUGAGUGCAAGAUGUUGAGGUGUUGUUUUUUUAAAUGUCUCAGAUUGCAAAAAAAAUAUUUUAAAAAAUACAAAAAAAGAAUAAUUUUAAUUUUUUUCUUGAUUGUUUUAUUUAAUGAAGAAAGUUUUUUAUGUAUGUAAUUACGAAUGGAGUUGUCAUUAUUAGACAAUAUUUAUGAAAACUAUGAAAUAAAAGUGUCAUGUCAAGUAUGAUGAUUGAUAUAAAUGACAGAAUAUGAUUUUUGCUUUUCUUUUAAAAUUCUACUUAAAUAAUCUUUUUCAUUCUUCUUAUAGCUUUUUAUUCAGGGUUACUUGAAUCGGUUGAUUGAGUUUGCUUGCGUACUUAAAAUAAUUCUCAAGAUGAUGGAUGAUUACUUUUUGUAACUAUUCAGCAGUGAAUGAAUUAGUAAAUGCACUAGUCAAAAUCAAUAAGUCCAAUCAGUAUUUUAGUGAUAUAUUUUAUAUCAUUUAUAGUCCUUUUCAUCAAAAUUGAAUUAAAUGCUAUGUAGAGUUGUAUUAUGAUUAGUAAAGUAUUUAAUAAAUAUUGUUUACAAUAAUAUUUGAUUAGAGUUUUUAUUUAUUCAUAAUACACAAUUUGCUUAAUAUUCUUUUUAAAAAUUGUUAUAUGUAUAGGUACUAUGCUUAAAAAUGUGUUGUUGAGUGAAGUAUUUAGUGCAUAAUUUAUACUGGAAAGAAAGGUUCUGCAAGUCAUUUUCACAUUUGACUUAAUUUAUUUGGAAUGUAUUUUUAUUAUACGUAACAAACAUGUUUGCAAUAUUUAUUUUUAAAUGGAUUUAGUAUUUCAUAGAUAUAAAUUGUCUCCUAUGAAAGUCUGACAUAUUUUUAUAGAUUGAUGUAGCAUUCUUAAUUUGUUUAGGAAAAAUUGGUGCACCCACAUCAAAAAGCCUGCUUAACCUUAAACUCAAAACCACACUUGCUAAUGAUAUUUGUAAUGAUAAAAAUAUAUUAUUAUAAGAAAGUCAUACUAUGAUCAAGUGCUGGAAAUGAUUAUGGUAUGCAUUUUGUCAUGUUUUUAACUUACCAUGCUAGAGAUAAUUAAUUAUAUGUAGUAGGCCUACCCUGUCAUGUACUUUAUGUUAGGGAAUUUUGGAGGGAAGUUUUAUAUUUAAUAUUAACUUGAUACACAUUGGUUUUCUACCACAUACACUGAAAUAGUUAAACUAAGCUGAAAAUUAAUUAAAUUACACAUUUUAGUGCUCCUUAAGUUUUGCACUGACUGUAGUAUUAUCUUUAUAAUUUAAAAAAUGUGUUAGAGAUGUCUGUAUUAAUAGUUCAGCAAUUGUAUGUUAAAAUAACUUUUGUUCUGGUUAUGAAACCACUAUUCAACCUCUUUUUGUUCAGUUUAAUUCUAGUCAUGACAUUUUCCAUCAUUUUGUGAUCUAGCUCCUGGUCAAGUAAAGGCCAGUAACUCUCCACAUAAGGACUUGUGCUAUUUCCUCCAUCAUUAAUAAACUUAAGAGUUAUCUGUCUUCAUUAAUUUCUCAUUUAUCUUUCCCAAUUAAAUUUCCAGGUAAUUUAGGUUUUUUUCCCCUCCUUCUUCCCCUCCCCCCUUCCUCAAUAAUUAAAUCAAAUAAAUCAAUUCGUCUCAAUUAUUUUGCAUUGUGUUGUAUCUGAAGAAUAUAUCUGCUAGAUUGUCAGGCAAAUUUAGACAAAGUAUGUUAAUUGUUUUAAUUUUUGUUAACAAUUUUCUGUUUGUGUGUCCUGAUGGCUAUUGUGAUAACAAAGAGUGAUAGAGUCGCUUGAUAAGUAAAACUAUUGUCCUUUAUUAGAGUCAGUGUAGAUCUCUGCCUGAGUUUUAUACAAUUAGUAAUCAACAACUAAAGAUAGAUGUGUGUGCACACAAAUUAAAUUGCAAGUAAUUUUUUCCAGUAAUUCCCAAAACAAUAAAAUCCAAAAGUCUUCUCUAUAAAUGAAAGAGGAUGCAAUAAUUUUUUUUGGCAUACUGAAGAAUGUCUCUAUUUUACAACCAGUGUCUCAUGAUGUCCAUUGAAAUAUGUAUAUGUAGAUUACCAGUACAAAAUAAAUUGUAUGCAUACC